AUGCAUGAAACAAAAUUGAAAAAAGUUUUGUUCCAGUUUUAUAUCAGUUCCGCUGAGGCUUGUGUACCGGCAGAUUGUCCUGAUAAUGAGCUUGACGGUGAAGAAACUGACCGCAUACAGUCUGACGGAUGA